AUGAAGCCUCACCAGCGAAACAAUACGGUCGCUGGUUUCACAAAUGGUAAUGGAAUCAAGGUGAUGCUCAUAUCGCUUCAUGCCGGGAACUGUGGCUUGAAUCUCAGUGCUGCAUCACAUGUCAUUCUCAUGGACCCGUGCUGGAACCCGUGGAUGGAGGACCAAGCCAUUGGCCGGGCACAUCGCAUUGGCCAAACGCAGGAAGUGCAAGUGCAUCGAAUACUGGCUGAGGGAACAGUUGAGGAUCGCAUUGUCGAGUUACAGCAACAAAAGCCGGGGCAGGUCAAUGUUGCGUUGGACGAAGCGGCAGCUCAUCUACGGGGGAACUCAGCACCGAUGAUCUUGCUUAUUUAUGUGGCUUCGUGGGAGAGAAGGGGGUUCAUGAAUUUGAAUAGGCCAUGCAAUGGUAGUCCACCAGUGCACCGACACUGUCGCGCUUCAUUGUCCCGUGCUCCUGCUUGGGCAGAUCACAUCACACGUCAGCGUCGCCAAAAGAAGAGCAAUGACCUCCUCGUAUCCUUCUUUUUCAAUGCCAGAGGUAAUGAACUGGAAAAGUCGACGAUCGGGUUGUAUCGAUCGUUGCUGUGGCAGUUGCUCAGCCCGCGACCCGAUCUGCAGGCUAUCCUAGACGGCGUCCGACCUGACCGGCCGUGGACGGUCGAUUCGCUCAAGUCUCUGCUCGAGGAAGUGGUCCAAGGCAAAGGCGGACCCCCGAUCACGUGUCUGAUUGACGCACUUGACGAGUGUGACGAACAGCAGAUCCGCGACAUUGUCUCGUUCCUGACCGGGCUUGCGCGGGACAGUCUGCUCUAUAUCUGCUUCGCCAGCCGACAUUACCCCGAGAUCUUUGUAACGACAGGCCUCGGCAGUGUGCUGGAAGAGCGCGAGGGGCACCAAGAAAACAUUGCCGCGUACCUGAGCAGUUCGUUGCGGAUUGGGCACGACAGACUUGCGGAGGAGAUAUGGUCUGACCUAAAAGAGAAAGCAUGCGGUGUCUUCAUGUGGGUCGUCCUCGUGGUAGAUACCCUAAACAAGGAGUACGAUACCGGCCGCAAGCAUAGGCUUCGCGAACGGCUUCAGCAGCUUCCCGAUGAUCUUCAUGAGCUGUUCCGCGACAUUCUAACCCGCGACACCAGGAACCGGAAGUGCCUCCUGUUCUUUGAGGAUGUGAUUGCUGCUGUGGGGAUUGUCCUCAACCAGACUCCCCGAGCAAAGGACAUCAUUGCAUCGCUUGGCAGCCCAUGA